AUGAUAAAAUAUUGCCCUGCUGGCCAAUAUUUUGAUGGUGAGCGGAAAUUCUGUACUGCGGAGAGACCAAGUGAUUGUUUGAUCGAAGUUACAACAACGACUAAGAAUCCAGAAGCAUCCGUAACAACAACUUCUGAGAAUCCAAAUAUUCCUGAAAUUACCACUACAACUAGACCGACGAUUACAACAACUACAACACCAGUAAUAACAUCGACAACAACUCAAGCACCACUUCCAAAUCCUCCUCGAGAUCCGAAACAAAUUUGCCAAGAUGCUGGUGCCAGUGGUUCGUAUAUAUACGAUGCUGAUUGUACGAAAUUCGUAAUGUGUUACAUUUUGAAUGGAAUAUUGGAUGGCAUUCUAAAAUCAUGUCCCAGUGGUCAAUAUUACCAUGAUGAUACAAAAUUGUGCAUCAAUGUCAAACCCGAACGUUGUCUAUAA